GAUGGGGCGUCGGGGCCUGCGGGGUCGGGCGCUGGGCUGCCAGCUGCUGCUGCUCUGGGCCAGCGGGUGGGCGUUCCAGACCCCGAGCACGGUCCCGCCCCAGGCCCGCUACAGCCCGGACUGGCCGAGCCUGGACUCGCGGCCGCUGCCCGGCUGGUUCGACGAGGCCAAGUUCGGCGUGUUCGUGCACUGGGGCGUGUUCUCGGUGCCCGCCUGGGGCAGCGAGUGGUUCUGGUGGCACUGGAAGGGCGAGGCCAAGCCGCAGUUCCAGCACUUCAUGCGGAGCAACUACCCGCCCGGCUUCAGCUACGCCGAGUUCGGGCCGCAGUUCACCGCGCGCUUCUUCCACCCCGACGCCUGGGCCAGCCUCUUCCGAGCGGCCGGGGCCAAGUAUGUAGUCCUGACAACAAAACAUCAUGAAGGCUUCACAAACUGGCCGAGUCCUGUAUCAUGGAACUGGAACUCUGUGGAUGUGGGGCCCCAUCGUGAUUUGGUUGGUGAGUUGGAAAAAGCCGUUCGGAAGAGGAACAUGAGCUAUGGACUCUAUCACUCACUUUUAGAAUGGUUUCAUCCACUUUAUCUACUUGAUAAGAAAAAUGACUUCAAAACGCAGUUUUUUGUCAAAGAGAAAAUAAUGCCAGAGCUAUAUGACCUAGUUAACAGGUACAAACCUGACUUGAUUUGGUCUGAUGGAGACUGGGAAUGUCCUGAUACGUAUUGGAACUCUACCCAGUUUCUUGCUUGGCUCUACAAUGAUAGCCCAGUCAAAAAUGUGGUGGUAGUUAAUGACCGAUGGGGUCAAAACUGUUCCUGUCACCAUGGAGGAUACUACAACUGUGAAGAUAAAUUCAGACCCACAGCUCUGCCACCUCACAAAUGGGAGAUGUGCUCCAGCAUAGACAAGCUCUCCUGGGGUUAUCGCCGCAACAUGCGCAUGUCUGAGAUUACAAGUGAAGCUGAAAUCAUUUCGGAACUGGUUCAGACAGUAAGUUUGGGAGGCAACUAUCUUCUCAAUGUCGGACCAACUAAAGAUGGAUUGUUUGAUCCCAUCUUCCAAGAAAGGCUUCUUGCUGUGGGGAAGUGGCUGGGAGUCAAUGGGGAGGCCAUCUAUGCAUCUAAGCCGUGGAGGGUACACAUGGAAAAGAACUCAACUGUGUGGUAUACAUCAAAAGGAUCAAAUGUUUAUGCCAUUUUCCUGCACUGGCCAAAAGGUGGAAUCUUAAAACUUGAGUACCCCAAAGUUACCACAGCCACACAGGUAAAACUAUUGGGCUUCAAAAAGAAAGUGAAAUGGACCAAAGGUGCCACUUCUGGUCUCGUAAUCAAUAUGUCCCAUAUAUUACCAUCUGAUCUUCCAGUCACCUUUGCUUGGACUGCAAAACUGAUAGGAGUGUCGUGAUCAUUGGUCUUCCAAAGUAAAGGAUAUGCCCAGCU